AUGGCCCUUCGGAGUUCUUCGACAUUACGUCCUCUGGACCGGCCCUUGACCGCGUUGUGCCUCUGUUUCGUAUCUUGGAAAAUCAUUCUGUUCAUCAUCGCUUGCUUGGCUCCAGGUCCUGGCUACGACACCUCGACUGCCUUGCUCUUGGGGAGAUUAGGCCAGCUUUCCGGAAAUGUUAACACAAGCCCAGAAAAUGCCACUCAAAAUAAUAUUUUGAUGCGGUUGAUGACCCACGUUGCUUCUAAACUUGUUAGAUGGGAUGCCAUUUAUUUCACCCAGAUCGCCGAACGUGGGUACGCGUUUGAGCAAGAGUGGGCUUUUGGCUGGGGCUUCACCCAACUCAUUUCCCAGCUCACUCAGACUUUGGCGAGCUUGGGCCUAAUAACCACACCGCCCACGGUGACCGCUGAGGCCAUAGUGGGCAUUUUUCUUGCUCAUUCUUCUCAUUUCUUCUCUGUUAUUAUCUUGCAUCAUUUAGCUAGCCUGUUACUUCCAAUACAAUCAAGAGCGCCUCUUGCUUUUAUUAUUGCAUUCCUGCAUAUUGUUACCCCCGCUGGCUUAUUCCUUUCGGGUCCCUGUACGGAGAGCGUGUUCUCAUUCUUCAGUUUCUCCGGACUCUAUUUGUUCGUGCUGAGUCACGUCUAUGAUCUUCGGGCCCGUCGAGGUCCUCGAGAUCUUUGUACUCUCUUCUCUGGUAUCUUUUUUGGUUUGGCCUCAACUGUCCGCAGCAACGGUCUGCUCAAUGGGAUACUAUACCUCUAUGAUCUUGUGGCUCUGCUUCAAGAUGUACUUACAAAUCGCAAUCUAACCGUUGCACACAUCCGAAGGGGAUUGAUCCUAGCUCUGAGCGGUCUUUUUGUCGCGGCAGGCAUUGUUUAUCCCCAGUAUCUUGCCUACCAGUCUUUCUGUACGCUCGGUGAGAGCCAGGCAGACCUACGACCUUGGUGCCAGGAGCGGCUACCAAGUAUAUAUGCCUACGUACAAAGCGCCUAUUGGGACGUUGGCUUUCUGCGGUAUUGGACUGUCUCAAACUUGCCACUAUUCCUUCUUGCAGCGCCGAUGCUGUAUAUUCUAAGCUCGUCAGCUAUAUGGGCCCUGAUGAUGCAGAGGCCGAAAUCAAAGGAUGAUUCGGCUAAGGCUUCACAUGCAGAGCGCUCUCUCAUCUUGACAUCUCCAAUUUUUGCUCGCUGCAUCACGCCUCUUGCCAUUAUCCAACUCCUCUUGGCAAUUUUGGCAUUUACAAAUUACCACGUGCAAAUUAUCUCUCGCAUCUCUUCGGGUUACGUUGUCUGGUACAUAUGGGUCGCUCUGAAGCUCUCAGGUGAGUUGGCACCGGCCAGUGGAGAUAAGCUCGUGCCUACCGAGUCUAUUGUUCGAUGGAUGGUGGUAUAUGCUAUCAUUCAAGGCGGCCUCUUCGCAAGCUUUCUUCCACCAGCAUAG